GUGGGAGCGGCUGUUGGAAGUCAGAACAUUGCAUUGAGUUUAUUCACACUGGCAGUAUCGAGAGGUGUAGGGCAUCCUAGUGCUGGAUUGUCAGUAGCUUGUCCCCUCACUGAACUCGCUAUCUGUCUCGGUGGAUUACAAUUAACAAGGAGGAGCACCGACCAUUUCAUCCUGCGGAUUGCAGUAAGCUACUUUUAACCCGGACAGCAGCCUGUGUGAAGUGAGAGGAGGAGGAGGUGAGCGAUGGUCUAAGCUGUGUUUGUCCUGUGUUUAAACGUUGAUUCCACAAUGUAGUGAGCUGAAAACCAGAAUAGGCCACAGGGCAGGAGCUGGCCCUGGUUUAUUAACUGAGAUUUACAGUUUACCCCGUGCCUGCUGUCUGAAGCUGUCUCCACACUGACCGGGUCACUCGAUGCCAGGAACGAGCUGUACAGUGAUGGAGCUAAAGGUUUGGGUGGAUGGAGUCCAGCGUGUGGUGUGUGGAGUCUCUGAAGAGACUACCUGUCAGGAGGUGGUGAUCGCACUAGCGCAGGCCAUAGGUCAGACCGGCCGCUACGUGUUGAUUCAGAAACUGCGUGACAGUGAACGCCAACUGCUGGCCAAUGAGAGCCCGCUGCAGUUGCUGGCCAAGUGUGGGCAGUACGCCAACGAUGUCCGAUUCCUGUUACGCCGCACGGGCUCCACUCACUCCGAGAGACCGGUCUCGGGCAACGCUGCUCAGAGUCUGGAACCUUCGCUCAGCAGGACUGCCCUCCUCCCUGCCAAACCCACCAAUCCCGAGCUCCCAAAGCGUCGGGAGCCGAAGAAAUCCCUGACGUUCACAGGCGGGUCGCUGGGUGCCCCUGACCUCGCUCUCCAGAACAAAUGGCGAGGCAAGAAGCUAAACGGUGCAGAGGGCCAAGGCAACGUCUCCAAGCCUCCAGCGAGCAAGGAAGAUCUCUUCAAACUGAUUCUAAUUCAGCAGGAGAAGCUGAGCUCAGUCUCCGCCCAACACGAAUCUUUUGACUGCCAGAUUAAAUCCUGGGAACAGCCUGGCGUCCCCAACUUUGAGAAGCAGCUGGUGCAGCUGGAGCAGGCGAUCAGGAGGAAUGAAGAGGAGCUUGAGGAAGAACAGUUCUGGGAGAGGGAGCUGCAGCUGGAGAAUGAGCGGGAGAGGGAGCUGCAGAGGCACCUGAGCAAACUGAAGCAAAGCUUCAGAGAGAACAUGCAGAGGCUGCAUGAGAUUAGCAGCAGAACUGAACUGUUGGACAGGGAAAUCCUGCAGGAGGAGGGGGACCGAGCAAGGAGGCUGAAAGCGUCUCACAGAGCGAGUCACACCGGCACGAGGGAGGCCAUCGACCGAGUGAGAGCAGAGAUCGAAGCAAAAACACAGCAGAACCAGCAAAUACAGACAUCAAUCAUCGACGUAGGGAGAACGUUAGAGGAAACGGACAGGAGAUUGCAGGCCAAAACGCAAGAGCUGGAGGAGUUAAAUAAAGAGCUGAGACAGUGUAACUUACAACAAUUUAUCCAGCAAACUGGCAGUGGGGGAACGCAGGCCAGAAACGAAGAGGAGUCAACGACAGAUGAAUCAAACCAGCAACAGCUGUCUACUCACUGGAAUGGAGAUAUUCACACUUCAGAAAUCGACUCCCCGCCACGGCAGACAGCAAAACAGUUCCUGGGGAAUCCACGAAACCUGCAGAACCCUCUGGUGUCCAGCCUAAACCCGGAAGAAUUUCAUCAUUGGAUAGUAGGUAGCUGACAAAAAAAAGAGCAAGAGACUGUUUGAAGCUAUAAGCUGAAUUGAGGUUGAUAUUGUCUUAAAGUCAUCUCUGCCCAAUCUGGCCUGUACAUUGAGAAAAAAAUCUGUUAGGUUGGCUGUUAACAGUAGCAUGUAAAGGAACCCGUCAUUCUGAAAUGUUUUAAACUUAUUUUAAGUAUAUAUUCAAAAUAAAUCAGAACUGGAAAUCAA